CUUACCGCGGGGCUGGGCGCCCCCUCCCUCUUUCGCGGCUGGGACCGCCACUGCAGGGACGCCCCCUGGCCUCCUCCGCACCUACAGCCCCUACCCGGCAGGGAGCAUCCAGAGCCCGGGUGCAUCUAAUGACUACCCGCGACAGCUGCGGGAGAGCCGGGAGCUGACCCGGACCUCCACCGCCAUCCCCACGGCUCGUCCGGGGCCCACCUGUCGCCGCUCCUUCUUCCGGGAGUGACCCCUUCCCGCUCAGGGCGAAGCCUCAGAGGACCCCCUUGGAGAAGUUUCAGAGGGCCAAGGGGGCCCCCUGGGGCCAGCUGCUGGCAGAAUGGACAUCCUGGAAGAGGUGAUUUGGGCCAACGGGAGCACAACCUCGCCCCCACCCGUGGCACCCAACAUCAGCGUGCCACAUCGCUGUCUGCUGCUGCUCUACAAGGAUAUCGGAACCUCCAGGGUCCGGUACUGGGACCUCUUGCUGCUCAUCCCCAAUGUGCUCUUCUUCAUCUUCCUGCUCUGGAAGCUUCCGUUUGCUCGGGCCAAGAUCCGUGUCACCUCCAGCCCCAUUUUUAUCACCUUCUAUAUCCUGGUGUUUGUGGUGGCGCUGGUGGGCAUUGCCCGAGCCGUGGUGUCCAUGACGGUCAGCACCUCGGAUGCUGCAACUGUUGCUGAUAAGAUCCUGUGGGAGAUUACCCGCUUCUUCCUGUUGGCCAUCGAGCUGAGUGUGGUCAUCCUGGGCCUUGCCUUUGGUCACCUGGAGAGCAAGUCAAGCAUCAAACGGGUGCUGGCCAUCACCACAGUGCUGUCCCUGGCCUACUCGGUCACCCAGGGGACUCUGGAAAUCCUGUACCCUGACGCCCACCUGUCGGCCGAGGACUUCAACAUCUACGGGCAUGGGGGCCGCCAGUUCUGGCUGGUCAGCUCCUGCUUCUUCUUCCUGGUCUACUCUCUGGUGGUCGUGCUCCCCAAGACCCCACUGAAGGAGCGCAUCUCCCUGCCUUCACGAAGGAGCUUCUAUGUGUACGCGGGCAUCCUGGCGUUACUCAACCUGCUACAGGGGCUGGGAAGUGCGCUGCUCUGUGCGGACAUCAUCGAGGGGCUCUGCUGUGUAGAUGCCACCACAUUUCUCUACUUCAGCUUCUUUGCGCCCCUCAUCUACGUGGCCUUCCUGCGAGGCUUCUUUGGCUCGGAGCCCAAGAUCCUCUUCUCCUACAAAUGCCAAGUAGACGAGACGGAAGAACCAGAUGUGCACCUGCCCCAGCCCUACGCUGUGGCCCGGCGGGAAGGCCUGGAGGCGGCAGGAGCCGCCAGCACGCAGUUUGACUCAGCCGGUGGGAUGGCCUACCUGGAUGACAUCGCUUCCAUGCCCUGCCACACGGGUAGCAUCAACAGCACAGACAGUGAGCGCUGGAAGGCCAUCAAUGCCUGAGUAUGGCCACCGUGGCCCGGAAGGCCUAGUGGGGCCCCUGGAGGGCAGGCUGGAGAGAAGACUAGGGAGCGCCAAGUCCCUGGUGGGGAGGAGGACGAGGUCAUGGGACCUUGUGUGGGCAGCAGCUCCAGGCAGGCCCUGUCUCGCCCCCUGUGCCCCCAGUUGCUUUUGGCCACCUCUGCUCUAGCUGGGGGCUGCCUCCCCCUUCCACCUGCUCUCUCCCUGUUCCGCUGGCCCAGACUCUGAUCUCUCAGGGGCAGGUCUGGCUGGCUGGGGGCACCUCCUUUCUCCAAAGCCUGGGCACCCAGGACCGGUCUGGCUCUUCUAAUCCCUCUGCCUCUUCCCCAUUGUGCUUUGGCCUCCUCAAAGCCCACUCUGGCAGGUGGACAGAAGUGUGUAUAUUUUCUGGAUCUAUUUUUUAAUAAAAAAACAAAAGGAA